GGUUUUUGCUUGCCCCGUCUCGGGACCAAACAAAUAGUAAUAUGGAUCGUCAAGAAAAAGCAAUUUGACAGGCUUCUCGUAUUAUUAAGUGGCAAUUGCCACGAAUACUAGAGAAAAAGACAGAUUGUUAGGCUUUGAAAUGUUAUAAAUAGUUGAGGGAUCUCUGUUCUGUUCUGUGUACUAGACAAAUCGAUCGACGAGUCUUGAUACCAGAUUCCAUUCUUUUUCUAAAGUUAUAUCCAUCUUUAUAUCUUCGUUGAUCUUUUCAAGUCAAAAUGCUUUUCAGCAAAUUACUUGUAUCUGCCAUUUCUCUCGUUCCUUUGGCUUCAGCUAUCCCAGUUGGAAAUGUCCAAGGUCACCGUCAUCACAAUCAAUCUACCAUUAAGAGAGAUGGUGGUGGAUUCCCAGACGGUGUCUACGAUUGUUCUCAUUUCCCUGAGGACCAAGAUGGCGUUGUUAAACUUGACUACUUAGGCUUCGGUGGUUGGAGCGGCGUUCAAAAGAACGACGGCAAGUUUGGUACUGCUUCCACUUGCGAAGACAAUACCUACUGCUCUUACGCUUGCAAGCCUGGUAUGUCCAAGACACAAUGGCCUUCUAACCAACCCUCAAAUGGUGAAUCUGUCGGUGGUUUGUACUGUAAGAAUGGCAAACUCUACAAGACCCAAAAGAACUCCAACAACCUUUGUGAGAACAGUCAUGGCAAUGCUUAUGUCAAGAACACUUUGGGCUCUAACGUUGCCAUCUGCCGUACUGACUACCCCGGUACUGAGAACAUGAACGUUCCUACCGACAUUGGCUCCGGUUCUCAACAACCCCUUUCUGUUGUUGACGAAGACAACUACUACAACUGGGGUAACAAGAAGACCUCUGCUCAAUACUAUGUCAACAAGUCUGGUAAGUCUGCCCAAGACGCUUGUGUCUGGGGUAACCAAGGUGAUGACUACGGAAACUGGGCUCCUUUGAACUUCGGUUCCGGUUACACCGAUGGUAAGAUGUGGUUGUCCAUGUCUAAGAACCCCUUGAACUCCCAGGCCAAUGUUGACUACAAGAUUACCAUCAAGGCUGAUGGUGGUACUCUUAGCCACGACUGCAAGUACGAGAACGGUUCCUUCCACGGAAGUGGCGCCAGUUCCGAUGGUUGUACCGUUUCCGUUACUGGUGGUGGUGCUUACUUCGAAUUGUAUAACUAAACUUAGUAGUACUAAGCUUAGUUCGCAAUCCUCAUCGCUUCUGAAAAAUCUGAAAAAAUCUAUAAUUAUUUGUGUUUUUAUUGCUUUUUAUGAAAAUAUCAAAAUCUUACAAAAGCAUAUAUAAAAAAGAUAAAUUACGACUUUGCAUUGUUUGAUGACUUUUUGCAUUUUUUGGUUUUGUUUUUUGCAUUUUUUAACUAAUUAAUUAAUACAAAAAAAUUUUGUUUUUAUUUUA